AUGAGUAAAAAAAUUCAAAAAGAGGUUGAUGUGACUUACGUAAUCGGCGGUGAUCGAGGAAAACCGACUGGAAUGCCACGUUUCAGACGGGAUACCAGCAAACGAGGGUAUGUCACCCAACGUCACGCGAAGACGGCCUCUUCGUCGGCAUCUGACGUACGUGCCGGGACUCCAGAGCAACGAGAGGAACGUUCUCGAGGAUUCGCUCUGACUCCCAACCACAAGGACGACGUCUGA